AUUCAUUCAUCAGUAGUUGACGACGACACGACGGCAGAUUAGAAAAUCUUUUUUUUUUCUCGCGGCGUCCAUUAGUCGGCAAGGUUGGUUAUGCGAAAGUCGAUUCAGUAAAGUGGCAACAGCAUACAAAAGUGUCGUUUUAUUUCACAGCAAAGUGUGUACAUUUUGUAGUUAGAGAGAUUGGCCAUAGCAAAAUCGUGUGUAUCGCCGAAAGAAAUCAGAACCGGAACGAGUUGAAGUUGACGCGUCAAAAUGCCGGCUUCCGGGACAUUCAAACUGUUCAUCGGCAACGUCGACGAAAAGACUCAGCCAUCCGAUUUGCGGCCGCUCUUUGAAAAGUACGGAACCGUAGUCGAGUGUGACGUGGUGAAGAAUUACGGUUUCGUGCACAUGGAAAACGAGGAUCAGGGCCGAGAUGCGAUUCAGAAUCUGGACGGGUACGUGGUCAAUGGUAAAGCAAUCAAGGUGGAAGCGGCCAGGAAUCGUCGCGCGCCGAACGCAAACACGACCAAGAUAUUCGUGGGCAAUUUGACCGACGUUACACGCGCUCCGCAAGUUCGCGAACUGUUUCAGAAGUACGGUACCGUCGUCGAGUGUGAUAUCGUGCGGAACUACGGUUUUGUCCAUCUGGAUCCGACCGGCGAUGUUAACGAGGCAAUCCGUGAACUCAACGGUAUGAUGGUGGACGGACAACCGAUGAAGGUACAGGUGUCCACCAGCCGGGUUCGACCGAAGCCCGGUAUGGGGGAUCCGGAGAUGUGCUACCGGUGUGGCCGCUCUGGCCACUGGUCCAAGGAGUGCCCGCGUCUGCUCUGGUCCGAAAGUAGAUUCCGCGAUCGACCGAUGUAUGCCAGGGAUCCGUAUCCACCGCCGCCGCCGCCACCGUUCCUCCGCGAUCGCAUUAUGGAUGGAUUUAGGGAUACCUUUGACUAUUACGACCGGUACGAUGACCCCAGAGAUCUGUUUGAGCGCCGCUACGGAAUCCGUGGACGCGACUUUCCCCCCCUGAGAAGCCGCGAGCCGAUGCCACCGAUUCCUCCAUUGAUGCGUCGCAGUGCUGUGGAAAGCAGCCGCAGCAGCAACUAUGAUUCCAUAUUCAGUCGUCGCACACCGCCGCCACCGAGUCGCAACGGAAGCAGCAUCAGCCGCUUCGGAGUCUAUGAGGACUUUAGCCGGGACUCGUUCGACGAUCGGCGACAAGGAUUGCGGGGACCUUCACCCACCCAUCGGUACGCUCCAUACUGAGACGAGUUGCACCCCAUUGGAAGCAUCAGCAACGGGCGUUUACUUCGGCCCAAUACAUACUUCUACGAGACACGCUGAGAAAGCUUGAAUAAAAACUUGAUGUUCGCGGCACAGAUUAUGUAGCAAAGUAUCAUCAAAUAGGUAGCGGUACACGUAUCUAUAAUUUGUGUUCUUAUCCUUUCUUUAAAUUAAGCGUCAUUUGAAUCACGGAAACAACGCAAUAUUGGAAUCUUAUUUUCAAACACGUAAUCUAUACGAUGCUGUAGCAUCAACUGUAUGAUCAACUAUUUAAAAACACUAUAAGUUAGGUUUUACAAGUCUUAUCGGACUUAAGCAGUUUUAAUGUUCUUUCAUAAUGAAAGAAUAAGUUUAAUUCAAAAUUCGUGUAUCCAGUCAAAAAACGUUAUUUCAAACUAAAAAAGUUACUUAGAAAUAAAUCCAGGACUAAAAACAAAACUUAUAAUGCAGGAAAUGAUUUAUGAUUGUUUUCCUAAAUAUUGAUAAACAAUAAACAGAUAUCACUACUAAAACAUAA